CGAGGCUGCGGCUGCUGCUGUGUUUUCUCGCCAUGUCAGGCAGAAAGUCCCGCACAGUGGCGAACCCUUUGGAGUCUGCUAUCACCACACCAAGCGAGAGGAUCCUGAAGGAGUGUCACAGUUUGUACGUGGACGCCGAAAACGGCUUGGUGAAGAUUGCCAGCAGCUUAGGAGUCCGUCUGCUGCCCCCUAGAAAAAAGGUCAUUGUGAUGAUAAUGGGAAAUCACUCUGCAGGGAAAAGCUCCUUCAUUAACUGGUAUGUCGAAGAGCACAUACAGAAAACAGGUGUUGCCAUUGAAACGCAAGGAUUUACAUUCAUCACAAGUGGACGUAAAAGAGAGUCACUGACGGGGAAUGCAACGCUACAUUUGUAUCCACACUUUCGACCCUUUCUGGAGUUCAAAGGUGUGCUGGACUACCUGAGUGCUGAGAUCUCCACCUCCAAGCAGAAGAAGUUCAGCCUGGUGACAUUUGUGGACACACCAGGUUUGGUGGACGGAGACAUGGUCUACCCUUUUGAUGUCAACAGUGCUAUCACCUGGUUAGGAGAACAGGCAGACCUGAUAUUUGUGUUCUUUGACCCAAUGGGCCAGGCGCUGUGCAAGCGCACACUAAACAUCGUGGAGAAGCUGAGUGAGAAGUGUGGAGACAAGUUGUUGUUUUACCUGAGUAAAGCAGAUGAAGCUGGGAAGGAAACAGACAGACAGAGAGUGAUGAUGCAGAUAGUCCAGGAACUGUGUCGCCGUCCAGGUCUCAAUAAAUGUGGAUUUGAGAUGCCAACUAUAUACAUCCCCAACCCACAAAAGCCAAGCCGCUGUGUGAACCAGAUUGACGGAGUGUGUCAGACCAUUGAAAAGACCAUUAACCAAGCUGUUCAGAAGACUUUGGAUCAGCUGGAGAAAGACUGCGACCUCAUUUGUUCGACCAUCAGAAGCAGAUUACAACAGGACAGGGCUGAUGUGACUUACAACAAAAGUGUCCGACUGCACUCAAUAGUUUGCGGGGCUCUGGGCAUUUUCCUCCCUGUCCUCUUCAUCCUCAGCUUCAUCAUAAACACUUUUUCCUAUGAGCAGCUGGAGGAGCUGCUGGGACAAGGGCCCGCUCGGACACUCUCUGUCUUCACAGGAAUUGUGAUAUAUAUAUGGGACUGGAUACCAGAAGAUGGACAAGUAGUGUUUGUGAUCAUUUUUGGUGUUUUUUGCUACCUCCUGCUUUUCUUAGCAAAGCAUUUUGCACGCCAAAGAAACAAGACUUUGACGAAGAAGGAGAAGCGGAAGAUGGCAGAGUACAGUGAAUAUAUCCAGGAUAUUGUCAAAGCCAAAAAGGGUAAAUUAUAUGAAUGGUACCUGCAGCAGUGUGCAGCUGAAUACGAUUUCUGAAGCUGCAUUUUUUUCUAUGAAGUGGGAAGACUGGAACUUUCUAAUCAGAUGAGCAUCAUGUGAUCCAAUUUGUUCUCUCUCAUUCAGCCAGGUUUGACAUCUAAUGCAAAACUCCCAACAUUUUCAUCUCAAGAAAUGUCUAAUAGUUUAAGUGCCUUUAUCAGUUUGUAUAGGAUAAGCUGUGUUUCUAGACAUUGAGAAAUGCAAACAAUAAUGUGAAUGUAUUUUCAGUGUUUGUAUUAGAUGAUACUGAUGCUAGAAAGGUGCUUACAGAUGUAUUUCAUAACUCGAGGGUGCUUUCUGCCUGCACAAUGUUUUUUAUGUGUUCCUCUGUAUGUUUGUUAUUGUAUUAUUAUAUGUAAGUGUGGUCCUCAUAUCUCACUGCACUCUCAUCUUAAUGUUAAAAAAUUAAGUGAUGAAAGUUUUCUGCAAAUGACUUUCAGAUGUUGAGUAUGUUUAUGCCACAUCAGGUCAGGUCUGCGAGCAUAUGCUGUUGCGGCAACAGCACACUACUUGAAAGUAACCAUCUAUCUCCUGCAGCCAGUUGAAAGUCCCCCUUGGCCUAAUUCAGCUGCUAGGAUCCUCCACCCCGGUGCACCUACAUGCUGAAUCAAGCCAAGAGAAACAUACCAUGUGGUCAAAAUGUAACUGGAGUGCAAGUGGUACAUGUCAUCAGAGUUUCCCUAAGUAACCGUUUGUUUGACACAGAGUCAUUACUGCAAGUACCCAAGGAUCCACCAAACCAGGCCUGUCCAACCCUGCUCCUGGAGAGCACCUGUCCUGCAUAUUUUCCAUGUCUACCUGCUCUAGUCACACCUGGUCAAUUAACAUUGGUGUUUUCCAGCUCCCAAUUGGCUGAGUUAAUUAGCUGUGUAAACAUGCUGUAUUGUUAAACAUGCUGGGCAGGUGCCCUCCAGGAGCAGGGUCGGAGAGGUCUGCACUAAAGACACCUAGUACCAAAGACAUGCAGUUGUCGCUUUGGUCACUGGUUAGUGUCUGAGUCUUACAGUCAUACAACAAGACAAGAAAUACCAGGACCCUAAUUUCGUGGACCUGUAUUUUCCAAAGGAAUCUACAUCAGCAAAUACCCAGCCCAGUCUCACGUUUUUUUUUU